CGGGUAAUCUACUUGUAUUUUUACGAUUUUUUGUUUCUCUUUUCAAAAUUUGUUAUUGACAAUUAAAUUAUGAGGUUACUCUCAUACAAUUUCAAGAUGUCGAAAAAAGUUUUUAAGAAGCUCAGCAAACAGUGCAGUAAUGCCAUGCUAAGGAAGAACGCUGUAUCAGCCUUCAGACGUUGCCAAGUUUCCUUCGAUAUUAAUUUACUGGGAAAAUUGUGAAUAUUUCUUCCCAAAAUUUUCAGACAAUUGUGUACGCAACUUAAUCUAAUAUAUCUGAAAAUGUCAAAGAAAAAUGUGCAUGAAUGUCAUCAAAAAUACAUGUUAUAUCAAGGGAAAUUUGGUAACUCUCAAACUUUCAUACAGCAUUCUUCUUUAGCUUGGCAGGGUACGCAACUUUGCAAUGUUCUUAACAUGAUUAGUCAGUCCUAAUGAUAUCUGGAGCUAAAAUACAUCAAUGAACUUGUGACACAAAUAGAACUUAUGAGAAAACAUGUCAUGUUCAAUUUAUACAGAAAAAUACUUAAUAAAAGUAAAAUUAUAAUAAGUAGAUUAUGUUAGAAACUGACAUAAUAGAUUUUGAUUCUUCAAAUAUUAACCAACCUCUUUAAAAAUUAUGAAUACUUUCAUCCUAACAUAUGAUACAUUUAUUUGAACGAUGAAUUUAUUCUAAAAAUAGCAAUAUUAAAUUUUUUAGUUUCACUACUGUUGAUCAGGUUUACAAAAUCUUUUGAUCAGUAAUGAAAUUUCGCCAUGUUAGGAUAGGUCCUCCUGGGCCGCCUGGACCGCAGGGCUUCACAGGACCGAGAGGACAACCUGGUGAAUCCGGACCUUUUGGUCCGCCUGGUCAACAAGGUUUAAGAGGCGAGCCAGGUCUUCCUGGAGCUCUGGGGAAACCAGGUGAGGACGGUGAACCAGGAUUAGAUGGACAGCCAGGUGUUCCUGGGAUGAGGGGUCCGAAUGGGUUACCUGGAUUUCCAGGAGCUAAAGGCCAUCAAGGACUUCCUGGAGCCCCAGGUUUGAAAGGAGACCAGGGAUUGAGCGGUGAAAAAGGACAGCAAGGGAUACCUGGAGUUGCUGGACUUCCGGGGUCUCCAGGUGCUAAAGGACACAAGGGUGAUUCGGGUCUGCCUGGAAUACCUGGAAGCAAAGGGCAUGAAGGAUAUCCAGGAGUACCAGGUAGCCCUGGUGAGCGUGGGCAUCAAGGCUUGCAGGGAGUUCCAGGGCUCAAGGGUGAUAAGGGAUUUCCCGGAGACACAGGUAGUCCUGGUUUAAAAGGAGCAAAAGGCGACAGAGGUGACACAGGUUUGCCCGGUGUGGCAGGUCCUGCAGGAGCGAGGGGAGUGGAUGGAAUGCCAGGUCUUAAAGGGCACGCCGGACCGAUUGGACCUCCAGGUGCUGUUGGAUUUCCUGGCCUGAGAGGACCGCCAGGAAGUCCUGGACUUCCAGGACUGAGAGGAGACACGGGAUUGCUGGGAGAACCUGGGCCUAAAGGAGAGAUGGGAAUCAAGGGCGACACAGGCCCACCAGGACCCAGAGGACUACCAGGCGUUGAAGGUCCUGAGGGUAAAAAAGGCAAAAAAGGGUUUCCUGGCUCUACUGGAUCGCCUGGUCUCCCAGGAGAGAGAGGUUUACCAGGAGAAAAAGGAAGCCCAGGACUUGUUGGACUUCCCGGAUUAAAAGGAAACCUUGGAGAGAGAGGUACAGAUGGUCUACCUGGAGAGCGAGGAAUGCCUGGCGCGCCUGGUCUUCCUGGGCCAAUGGGACCAAAGGGAGACACGGGGAGACCAGGAGAACCUGGUUUACCAGGGAUGAAGGGUCACAAGGGUGAUAGAGGAUUCGAUGGCGUGCCUGGCUUGGUCGGAGCACCGGGAAAAAUUGGAGAUGCUGGACCACCAGGUCUUCCAGGACCACAGGGUUUCCAAGGUCUGCCGGGGAAGGCAGGAGAGCCUGGACUUCCAGGCAGAGAAGGAGAAAUUGGAAGACCGGGACAGCCAGGAUUACCAGGACUGAAAGGAGACAAGGGUAUUCCAGGCGAGACGGUGAUGGGGCCUCCCGGUAACCAAGGACCGAAAGGAGAUGCAGGAUUACCUGGAGUCAAUGGCCAGCCGGGACUGCCUGGCCUAAAAGGAGACAAGGGCCACUCAGGAAUCCCGGGUUUACCAGGUCCGAGAGGAAUUCAAGGGCUCACAGGAGAAAAAGGCGAAACAGGAUCUCCCGGUUUACCUGGGCUUCAAGGAUUUGCAGGAGUUCCAGGGAGCAAAGGACACCAAGGUUUGCCUGGACUACCCGGUGAAAAAGGUGAAAGAGGUGAUACUGGAUUUCGCGGAGAAAACGGGCUUCCAGGGCCAGAGGGCAGACCUGGCCAGACUGGUCCUCCGGGAAUUCCAGGAUUGAUAGGAAAGAACGGUUUCCCAGGGUUACCCGGACAGAAGGGAGAUCAUGGAGAGCCAGGGCGGAUUGGGAGCCCCGGCCCCCCCGGACUUCCAGGGAUAACAGGUCCAGCCGGUCCAAAAGGGCAUCCUGGAUUGCCAGGACUGCAAGGACGGCCAGGAGAAAGAGGAAUGCCCGGCUAUCCGGGUGAGAAAGGAUCCAAAGGACACCAAGGCCUUCCGGGAAUCACGGGUCCAACAGGCCCUCCAGGAGCAAGAGGGUACCCGGGCGAACAAGGCCAAGCGGGGAAACCAGGUCAGGACGGACUCCCGGGUGCACAAGGAUUUCCAGGCACUCCCGGCCUGAAAGGGGAAAAAGGAGUGGCAGGUAAUCCUGGAUUACCUGGAUUAAAAGGAGAUUUGGGAUAUCAAGGGCUGCCUGGUGCUCCAGGUAACCCAGGAACUGCAGGUCUACCAGGACUCCAGGGUGCUCCUGGACUACAAGGGCCUUCUGGUCUCCCUGGUGAACGAGGACUUCCGGGGGAAACAGGACUUCCAGGCAUAGCUGGACUUCCGGGCCCUGCAAGUCCUCCUGACUACAAUGAUGACUCGCCUUACACGGACUAUGAUGGUGAAAAAGUGCAGAACACUAUUGCAUGGAUUAAGAAUUCCUCACCUGCUCAGAAAAAACAAAAAAUGAGAGACGGCACCAAAGAAGCUCCUGCACUUACAUGCAAAGAACUAGCCCGGCUACAUCCAAAUUUACAAAACGGCUUAUUCUGGAUUGAUCCAAACGGAUGGGACACCGACGAUUCAAUUUUAGUCCUUUGUGAUUUUCAAAAAGGCGCAAGCUGUGUGAUUCCAUCACCAAAUGAGACAGCCUCGAUAUCUCUGCUUCAAGACGGCUCACAAAACUGGCUUGUGGAUGCCAUUGGUGGAACACAGAUGUCUUACAAGGUGGACAGAAAGCAGUUAGAAGCUUUGCAAAGUCUUUCAUCUGAGGCAGCUCAAAAUAUUUUCAUCUUUGGAAAUGCAAAGAAUCACCAAAUAAAUAGGACAGAACAAUUUUCAAAGCCUAUUUCACUCCUGGGUUAUAAUGAUGCUGUCAUUUCACCCAAGAAUAGUAAAUUUUUACGAUAUCAAAUUACAGAGAGCCAAGCACAGGUUGGUAUUCCAAGUCAAAUUGCAAUUCGAUAUUCAACCACAAGAACAGAACGUUUACCUGUGAUGGACAUGGAGUUGGGCGAUUUGGUGACAUGGUCCGAAAAAGUUGUCGUCAAACUUGGGCCAGCAUGUUUCCACUGAAGGAAUUUUCAACUGUUGGAAGAGAAAAAAAAACUGUCAUGAAAAUUGUACACAAACAAUGACUGAUGUAAAAAUAAAAAUAACAACU